AUGCAAAAUGCAAGUACAUCAUUGUCGCACUACAGAGUUCAUCUGGAUUGCUACAGAGGUAGAGUGGUCUUCGAGCGAGAUGCAGGGAGGUUGGUUUAUCAGGGAGUGAGACCGACUUCCGGGAGUAUUGUGAUAUCUGCUAUUCAGGCCGAGCAGUUGUUAGAGCGGGGCUGUGAGGCGUAUCUGGCGACGAUUUCUAUGUCUGAGUCAGGAGCUGGAGUUGUUAUGGGAGAUAUUGAGGUUGUCCAGGAUUUUGAGGAUGUCUUUCAGUCACUGAAGGGAUUACCACCAUCUCGGUCUGAUCCUUUCACGAUUGAGUUAGAGCCGGGGACAGCACCGAUAUCGAAGACGCCUUACAGGAUGGCGCCAGCUGAGUUGGCAGAGCUGAAGAAGCAGAUAGAGGACCUUUUGUCUAAGGGGUUCAUUCGACCAGUGUUUCACCGUGGGGAGCACCGGUACCCACUCCCGAGGAUUGAUGAGUUGUUGGAUCAGUUGAGGGGUGCUACUUGGUUCUCCAAGAUUGACUUGGCAUCGGGUUAUCAUCAGAUCCCGAUAGAUGAGGCAGAUGUCAGGAAGACUGCUUUCAGGACGCGUUAUGGGCAUUUUGAGUUUGUGGUUAUGCCUUUCGGUUUGACUAACGCGCCGGCAGCCUUCAUGAGAUUGAUGAACGACGUGUUCAGGGAGUAUUUGGACGUGUUCGUCAUCAUUUUCAUGACGAUUCUGGUAUACUCGAGGAGUCAGGAGGAGCAUGCGACUCACUUGAGGUUGGUUCUGGAGAAGCUUCGGGAGCAGAAGCUUUUUGCUAAGUUGAGCAAGUGCAGUUUCUGGCAGCGAGAGAUGGGAUUUCUUGGCCACAUUGUUUCUGCAGAGGGAGUUUCUGUGGAUCCGGCUAAGAUUGAGGCUAUCAGAGAUUGGCCUAGACCUAGUAGUGCCACCGAGAUCAGGAGUUUUCUGGGUUUGGCAGGAUACUACAGGAGGUUCGUCAAGGGGUUUGCUACCAUGGCGCAGCCGAUGACGAAGUUGACUGGGAAGGAUGUCCCGUUUGUUUGGUCAGCUGAGUGUGAGGAGAGCUUUAGUCAGCUCAAGGAGAUGUUGACUACUACACCAGUGUUGGCGUUACCCGAGCCAGGGAAGCCUUACAUGGUGUAUACAGAUGCUUCAGGCAUUGGUCUUGGUUGUGUGCUGAUGCAGGAGGGCAGAGUGAUAGCAUAUGCUUCGAGACAGUGGCAGGGCAUACAGGUCUUCACGGAUCACAAGAGUUUGCAGCAUAUCUUCACUCAGCCGAUGAUGAACGCGAGACAGACGCGCUGGGUUGAGUUCUUGGCGGACUAUCAGGUGAGCAUUAACUACCAUCCGGGCAAGGCUAACCUAGUGGCGGACGCGUUGAGUAGACGGAGGUAUGAUUCCGCAGUUGAGCGAGAUGUGGAGUCUCUAGUUGGCGAGAUCAGUACCUUGCGUUUGUGUGCCAUUUCGCAGGAGCCUUUGGGUUUAGAGGCAGUGGAUCAGGCGGAUCUACUUAGCAGGAUCAGAGUUGCUCAGCAGAGUGAUCAGAGUUUGCUAGAUGCGACGAGAGUGACUGGUUCUGAGUAUGAGGUCUCUGCGAAUGGGACUAUCUUGGUUCGUGGGCGAGUUUGUGUGCCUAAGGAUGUGGAGUUGAGACAUCAGAUUUUGGGAGAGGCUCAUGCGAGCAAGUUUUCCAUUCAUCCGGGAGCGACCAAGAUGUACCAUGACCUCAAGAGGUACUAUCAUUGGGUCGGGAUGAAGAGGGAUGUAGCAGACUGGGUUGCGAAGUGCAACACUUGUGCCUUGGUGAAGGCAGAGCAUCAGGUUCCGGGUGGUCUUUUGCAGAGUUUACCCAUUCCAGAGUGGAAGUGGGACAGGAUUACGAUGGAUUUCGUGGUUGGACUACCUGUUUCGAGGACUUUCGAUGCUAUUGGGUGA